AUGACAAAACUCCGACUCUGGAAACAACUACCGUCCACACUUCUCUGUGGCCUUGCAACUUUCCAACUCUUGACAAAAGCCCAUUCAUUCCCAUCGGCAAUCAGUCUUUCACGACGAAACUUGUUGCUGAAAUAUCCAAUUGCAAUCUUUACCGGCAUGACUCAACCAACCAAGUAUGACUUCUCGGAAGGUUCCACAAGCGCGAAAGCAUCACUCUCAUCAAAACUCACUGGAGCUGACGACUCGGACAUAAGAUGGGGAAUAGUUGGUCUGGGCGAUGUCGUUCAGAAAAAGUCAGGUCCAGCCUUUUUCAAAAACAAGAACAGCCAACUGGUAGCGGCGAUGCGACGCACUCCAGGAAAGGCACAAGAAUACGCGGAGAAAAAGGUAAACAGUUACACAGGCAACGAUAAGAAGAUUGACCAAUGUGUGGGCUACGAAAAUCUGGAAGACUUUUUGAAACACCCCAAUAUGGAUGCAGUUUACGUCUCGACGAGACCAGGAUCGCAUUUGGAGAUUUGCAAACAAGUAGCGGCGGCUGGGCUGGCGUGCUAUGUGGAAAAGCCAGUUGGACGAUGUGCCGCCGAGACCGAAAUCAUUGUGGACAUCUUUGAAAAGGCUGGAUUGCCCUUGUAUACAGCAUACAUUAGUCGAGCCUACGAACGAACCCAAGCGGUCAAAAAGUUGUUGGCAGCGGAUGGCUCGUCGCCACUGGGGGAUCGAGUGACUAAGGUUUCAUACAAAUUGGUGGGGACAGGAGGAGCCCGAGAUAUGGGUGGUGAUGAUCAACUGCCAUGGAGGUUAGAUCCAGAGCAAAGUGGCGGAGGAUUGAUUAUGGAUGUUGGAUGUCAUAUUUUGGAUCGCAUCGACUACCUUUGUGGCCCCCUUGUUGACAUUGAAGGAGAAGCCCAAAACAAGAACAGCCCCGACCAAAAAGUGGAAGACUAUGUGCACUUGACAGCCUCGAUUGGUGAGACGAAAGGAAGACCCUCCAUGCAACAGUCCAUCAAUGCAGUUGGUGCAAAAGUGGAGUGUACCUGGGAUUUUGCUUCCCCUGACCAAGAGCCAAGCGACCAGCUUGUACUGGAAGGGCCAUCUGGAUCCUUGCGAAUGAUUGGGAUGAGUCCAAAUGCACCCAUAGAAAUCUACGACUCAGAUGGCAAUUUGCUAAGAAAAUUACCAGAGUUUGCCAUGCCCGAACACACCGCUCAGGCACUCAUUCAAGCUGUGACGCUAGAUCUACUCCACCUGCGGCUGGUAGAGCAAGCAGAACAACACGAAGGAACAAAUGUAGAUACGUAUGAAAAGCCAGACUUUCUAUCUUUUGGAGACAAUGCCAUUCGAGCACAAAAGGUGAUCGAUACAGUCUUGGAAUCAUACUACUCGGGACGGGAAAUUGGCUAUUGGUCACGAUGGAUUGGAGAGGAAAAGUGA